CUGCUUGGUUACCAACAUUCUUCAAAAUAUCAUCUUUUGUGUUCUACAGAAGAAAGUACAGUAAAUUAAUACAGGUUAGGAACAACAUUAGGGUAAAUAAAUGAUGAGAACCUUCAUUUUUUUUUGAACUGCCCCUUUAAGUGUGGUUCACGGUACUUUUUUACCUGAGAACUGACUGUGUCAGAACUUUCCCCUACCCCUUUCCGUUGUAUACUUUCAUAUGCAACCGAGAAUAAUAUAGCCACCAUCAGACAGUACAAAGGCAACGCUGAGGGUCAAAUGCCAUUCAUGUUCCAUUCCUGUAUCAGCACAUUUAUACAUCAUGCUGCUCAGUGUCUGUAUCCUGCUUUCUGUUUUUUCUCUGUCCGGAGGGUUAGAGAGUCGUAUCGUUGGAGGAAGAGAGGUUAAACCUCAUUCCAGACCUUACAUGGUGUCUCUCCAGUAUAAAAGACAACAUAAGUGUGGAGGGAUGCUGAUUAAGGAUGAUUAUGUGCUGACAUCAGCCCACUGUUUGGAUAAGACCACCAACUACUUAGAAGUUGUUCUGGGAGCUCACAAUAUCAGCCAGAAUGAGAAGAGCCAGCAGAUAAUCCAAGUUGAGAAGUACAUCCCACAUCGCAAUUAUACAAGAAACGACUUCACCUAUGAUAUUAUGUUACUGAAGUUGAAGACCAAGGCUGUGCUGAAUGAGUUUGUGGAUGUUAUCGAACUACCUGAGAACAAUGAAGAUAUUCCUGCCCGCGUGGAAUGCUCCAUUGCUGGCUGGGGUAUGGAAAAACCCGGAGGAGAAGCAUCAACGGUUCUGCUGGAAGUCAGCCUCAAAUUGCAGUUCAGCUUUGAAUGUAAAAAUAGGUGGCGUAACUAUUUCAACUCUGAGAAAAUGAUCUGUAGUAUCUCAAAUGGGAAAAGGGCUUUCUGUCAGGGUGAUUCUGGCAGUCCUCUUUUUUGUGACUCUAAACUUCAAGGAAUGGCUGCAUACACAGAUCCUGCUAACUGUACAUCCAAGAAGUAUCCUGAGGUCUACAUGAAAAUAUCUGCCUUCCUUCCGUGGAUUUUGAAGAACAUUAAGCGAUUGUAACAGCAUCAAAUUUUCUCAUUUUUGGCUACUCCCUGCUGCCAUUUCCAGUUUUGUUUUGUUUCAUUUAUUUUUCUGUAUUGCCUCCUUGGUUAUUUUCAGGAAGGAUCCGGGUCCACAAAGAUCCUCUAUACAGUAGCUUGCAUACUGUAUGAAUAAAGUUAAAAUAAUCUUAUCAAGCAAAUCCUAAACCAGAAACAAAAUCAGCUGUCGAACUUUGGUUCACAGGAAGCUAUGGAACAUUGUUCAUUGUUGAUAUAUAUACUAUACAUUUUUUUGAUUCUAGGGUCGUAGUGCUAGAGACUAUCCCAUUUUUUUUAGAAAUAUGUCCUCUAUUAUAAAAUUGUUUCUUUUUGACCUGUUUUGUUUGUUUUUCAGCCAGUAACUUUAAUGUCACACAUUGAUGUUUUAUGCUUGCCACAACCAAUGUCCAGUCAUUGACUGAAUAAAAAUACUAUGUACUGAGUCA